GGUCCAUCCCUGCAUUCUCCAAGCACUGACUGCCCAUCCACUCUGACCACAGCCAGGGCCACAACCCACUGCCUGCCCAGCAUCCAUCCAUGGAGGUGAGCACCAUGUCCCCACGUCCUGCUUCACCCACUGAAGGAGACGAUGGCUGUGUUAUCGAUGUCACCGAUGUGGCCAUACACAGUGUGGCACUACUCAUCUGCCUCUGUGGGCUGGCUGGGAACGGGGCUGUCAUUGGCCUCCUCAGCCUGAAAAGAAGGAAUGCUGGCUUCUUUGACCUGGCUGUCAUUGACUUCCUCUUCCUCCUCUUUGCAGUCCCCUCUGCCCUCCUCAUCCUGAUGGAGGACGUUUCCUGCUCUGCUAUCGUGCCCUUGAUGUACAUGAAAUUUGUUUUUCAGCUGUCAUUGGUCUCCUACUACUGGGUGCUCUUCAGGCUGAUGAGCAGCAUCCCUGUGUGGUAUAUGCACAACGUGUGCAAGCUCUGCUGCCACUGUGACCUUCCUCUGCGCCUGAUGUGGGUGGUGGACACUAUCCCAUACUGGGCCAUCUUGGCUCUCUUCACUGUCACUCCCACAGUGACAUUCUUUUGCCCAUCCCACGAGCAGGAGCACUGCCAGGCAGCUCUCAUCUCCAUGUACACCCUCAUCCUGCUCCUCUUUGCUGCACCCGUGGUCAUUUCUGGCACAAUCUAUUUCAUUAAUUCCAAGCGAGGCUCCCAACAGCAGCAACCCAAGAGGCGCGACAUCAUUAUCAUCAUCACUGUGCUGCUCACUCUCAUCAUCAGCCUCUGCAACUUCCUGCAGCAGCUUGGUUACAUCACUGUGUCCUCACAGGUUGUUUUCCUGCUCACCUGCAUCCACAACAGCAUCAAACCCUUCAUCUACUUCUUGGCAGGGAGGUGCUGGAGGCCCUUCUCCAUAAAGUCCCUGGGGCUCUACCUCCAGAGGGUCUUUGAGGAGGCAGAAGAAAACACUGCCCACAGCAAUGAUCCUACAAUGGACACAGUGGUCUGAGCCUGUUGAUCCCUUCCACAGCUCUCCUGAAGGACCCCAGGUGGCCCCAAGGAGGCUGAGGGUUUCCUUGAGACUCCUGAGGAAUAGAAAUCCACUGGAUCACCCUCCCUGUGGUGGUGUAUUCCUGCAGGAGAAGGGAGCAGGAGCAUUGCCUUGGAUGAUUUUUUGGGAUCCUCUGCAGGGAGCACAUUGCAGCAUGGCUUUCCUCCUCCCUCCUGGAUCCACAUGGCUCCAAGCAGUGCAGCUGGGCUCAGUGAUGUUCCACAGCUCUAUUCCCCAUGGAAUGACCCUCAUGGUCUCAGCCCCAGAAAAUGAACUCCAUCUCCUUUGGCUCAGCAGAUGAGUUCUCAUGGUGUUUCCAGGGAGCUCUUGCCUGCAAAGAAUGGGACACCUUAAUCCCUGGGGACACACCCAGCACAGGGUGGCAGUGAUUUCCCAAAUCCCUGCAGGGCUGGUGCCUCUGGAUGGCAGGAGAGGGGUUGGGAUCACAGGGAGCAUCCUUCCCCUUCUGUCCAGCAGAGCCGGCCCUGCAUUCCCAGCUGAUGGGAAGGGACAUCAGGUAGGGCUGCAGAGCUGGGGAGGGACAGCAACAUUCCCUUAUCCUUUCAGUGGGAAUUUGUCACAUUCUUCAAUUCCAGAAUUGAAUCCUUCUGAGGAAAGUGCAGGGUCGAUGGUGAACUCCACUGAACUCCUGUGCCUGUAUCCAGAAGGUACAUGGAAUAUGGAAAUUUCCAUCACCAGAUGCUUGGACCAUUGAAUUGCACAGAGAUUAUGGGGUUGUGCUGCUCUUCUGCAGAAUGGGGCCAUCCAUCCUCUGGUUCCCCAGCAUCAGUGUCCAGGGAAGCCCUUGAGCACCUCCAUCCUGAACCUGGCCACCCUCAGGAGGAGCUGCACAGCCACUCUGCACAGCAGCUCCAGCCACAG